ACAAAGAGAGGGAAAUAGGAGAGUUGGAAAUUGGCGAGAUUGGGAGCAUUUCUGUUGGCUCGUCCUAUGAUGUGAUUAAAUUGGCUAUCUCCAUUGAUUUGGCAACCUAUAAGAUCUGAUUUAUCAUGUUCCUUACUUUCCAUGGGGUCUUUGUUCCGCAUUAACGAAGACAUUGGAUGACGAUUAGGGCAUCACUCUCCAGAAUUAUUCUCUUGAAAUUUCGAUCUUUAGCAAUCCGAAUGCCAAGAAUUAAGGCUAUCUGGCUUCAGUCUCUAAUGGGUUUGAAGCUUGGACAACAGAAACAGCGGCAGCUUGAUUAUUUGAAACUUGAAAGCUUCAUCAGAGUUGAUUUUGAUGAAUUCUUUGGGGCGCAAAGUCCAGAUAUAUCAACUGAAUUGAGAUUAUCAGUUGACAUAGGGAUUGUCUGCUCCACUGAAGUUGGAUGGAGAAGGAGCUGAUGCAGACAUGCAAAGAUUGCCCAUUGUCCCCCAGCUGAAUUCAGUGGUUUAUCAGGUCUGGAAGGUUUUAUUAUGUCUUGGGUUAUUCUCAUGGAGUAAUUGGAAGCAAAAUGGGCAGCCUGAGUAACAUGGCACUUGACACAGAUAUGCCCGGACCGUUUCAGUCUAGCAAUGGCAGAGGAGACAAAGAGCGUAGGGAAUGCUGAUGAAUUUACUGGUGGUUCAAUGAAUUACAACACCACCGUGCCGGAUCCUCGACAAGAAAAUGUGAACUCUUGGUGGAGGUUGUUUGUAUUUUCAGAAUUUCAACUAAGGAAAUCAGGAUUUUUACUUGAAGUUAAUGCUCUUUUAUUGAGCAGCUAUUGGAAAGACUUUGAGCUAAAUUCAGCACUCCGGGUGAAGAUCCAGAUGGACCAGACCGGCUUAUCUUCGAGGUGCUCUUCAGGAGCCAGAUUGCAGGCGUCAUGGCUUGAAGUCAGCAGUUGUAGGGAUUUUCAAGUUGAUAUUGCUUCCAUCUCCAGCGAACCAACAUGUACGUUGUGGCUUGAACUGAGUUGUAGUUGCAGUUUAAUAAUUGCUGCUCUGAAGGCUUAUUUUGUCAAGUCCACAAAAUUAUACAAAUGUGAAAAACUCGGUUCGGUGGAGUUUUUUUUUUCUGUCCACCCAUCAUUCUUGUUUUUUAAAAUGGUUUACAUCCUUUAUUAAACCGCCCUAGAUUUUGGAAUCCUGGCUUCCCUCAUACUUACAGCUAUAUAUAACAUUUUAUGGUUAGGGAUGUUAAUCAAGAAUGUCAAUGAUAUAGACAGCACUUAUGUUCAGGAGUUGAAGAUGUCAACAAAAAUCCUCAUUCAAGCAUUUUGACUCUUCAUACUUGCAUCCAAAGUGUCAAUACCAGAGUUCCGUAUAGGAGUGUAUUCCCAGUUUCAGCUUCUGACGAUCGAAUUGUUCAAGAACUUCAUAACUUAGAGACAAUGCAAACAAGGGUAUUCGUUCUACAUAUGGUCUCGCCAUUAGGAUUACGUAUUUUCGAGAAAGCUAAAAAGAUUGGUAUGAUGAGCAAAGGGUACUCAUGGAUUGUUACCGAAGGCUUAGGCUCUGAUUUGAGUUCAUUGAAUUCUUCGGCUAUUGACACAAUGCAAGGAGUAAUAGCUAUAAGGCCAUAUAUUCCUAUGUCCAAAGAGCUUACCUCAUUUGGAGUGCAAUGGAAAAGAAAGUUUCAGAAAGAGAACCCAGAUAUUGACUGGAAUUUGGAUAUUUUAGGUAUAUGGGCAUAUGAUACAGUUUCGGCCUUGGCAAGUGCAGUAGAGAAACUUGAAAGCACCAGUCCUCGGUUUAGUAAGCAAAAAACAACUUUGAACACAAGUGAUGUUGAAAAAUUAGGUGUUUCUCAAGUAGGUCCUGAACUUUUGCAUGGAAUUUCAAAUAUCAAAUUUAAAGGCCUGAGCGGGGAAUUUCAUCUUGUCGAUAGGCAGCUGCAAUCCAAAACCUUUCAAGUACUCAAUGUCGUUGGAAACGGGGCAAGAGAAGUUGGAAUUUGGACACUUUCAAAUGGAAUCAUAAAGGAUAUAAGCUUAGUUGAGACUACUAAAACCACAUACUUGACAUCAAAUAAAGACAGUUUACGCCCUAUCAUAUGGCCUGGAGAUACCACGGACAUUCCUAAAGGUUGGGUAACUCCAACUAAUGAGAAUAGGUUAAGAAUAGGGGUUCCAGUAAAACAAGGUUUUAAUGAAUUUGUCAAGGUAGAAAAUAAUUCUGGUAGUUAUUCAGGAUAUGAAGUCACUGGUUAUUGCAUAGAGGUGUUUAAAGCUGCAAUAUAUGAGCUGCCAUAUGCUGUUCUCUAUGAUCUCAUUCCUUUUCAGGAUAGCGAAGGCAAAGCUGGAAGUUACGAUGAUCUUGUGUACCAAGUGAAUGCUCAGAAAUAUGAUGCCGCAGUUGGGGAUAUUACUAUUACCGCCAAGCGAUCAGAGUUGGUUGAUUUUACGUUGCCCUAUGCGGAAGGAGGGGUGUCAAUGGUUGUGUUAGUGAAAAAAGAUAUGAGCAAGGAUACAUGGGUAUUCCUCAAGCCGUUGGAGUGGAAGCUCUGGGUAACAACAGGGGCCUUCUUUUUUAUCAUUGGUGCUGUCAUUUGGAUUCUCGAACACAGAGUAAACAGGGAGUUUAGAGGAGGGCCUCAUCCUCUGUAUCAGUGGGGCACCAUGCUUUCUUUCUCCUUCUCAACGUUUGUCUUCGCACAGAAGGAAAGAGUGCUAAGCUCUUUGGGCAGAUUUGUAAUUGCAAUUUGGCUUUUUGUUGUGCUCAUUAUCACACAAAGUUAUACAGCAAAUUUGACAUCCAUGUUAACGAUUCAACGAUCUGAUCCAACGUACACUGAUGCUAUAGAACUUAGGGAUCGUCGGUACAAUGUUGGUUAUCAGGAAGGUUAGUUUGUGUUUGGAAUGUUAAAAGAGAUGGGUUUCUAUGAGUCCAAUCUUAUAAUCUUCAAGUCUCCUAAAGAAUUUGACGAUGCUUUCUCGAAUGGGACAAUUGUUGCUGCUUUUGAGGAGCUUCCCUACAUUGAACUCCUCCUUGCAGAAUAUUGCAAUAAAUACAUGAUGGUCGGAGAAAUCUAUCAAUAUGAUGGACUUGGUUUUGUAUUCCCAAAAGGUUCUCCCUUGGGUCCUGAUAUUUCAAGAAAAAUCUUGAGCAUAAGAGAGGAAGGACUCUGUGCAGCAUUCGCAGUAAUUGUCUACUUAAUUGUUUUCUUAUGCGAAAACAAACAAAUCCUGAACGAGCCGAAUUCUACAACCUGGGAAAAAAUCAUCGAUUUGCUUACAAAGUUUUACGAAUAUGACGAGAACCGGAUGAUCACAUAUUUUGAAUGCAAUCCUGUGUGCAGUGAGCGAAAUAAAGCCACGGUCAAUGGAGAUCAGCAUGCAGCAGAAACUGUAGAUUUUGGUGAUUCACCUCCACGGGUUGAGAAUUCUCCAUCAAUAAUGGGUUACGGAGACGUCACCCCACAGAGUGGCAACUUUAAUACAGCAAGAAGAAACUCUAGAACAUUGAAUGCCGAUUACGAUAUAGAUAUUGGAUAUUUUACACCUACAUCAGAAGGUGAUAGUACAGAAUUUGGAAAUUGUACGCCAGGAGAUAACGAUUCCGUGUCAGGCAUUAGAAACUCAACUUUACACAUUUUAAUGACACAGCAAGGUCAUAGGGAUUUUGAGGAACAUUAAUCUUUAGAUUUUAUACCUAUCUGUACAGAGUUUGGAUCUAAUUUUAAUUCUUCAAAAUUGUUUAUGUCGAAAAUGUCUGUAGAUUUAUUGAUUUCAG